AUAUCGAGUGAUUUACAUUUACGAUUACUGACCUUUAUCGACUCAUCGACUCAUUGUCCGUGUUGAUAUCUAGAUUACAUGCAUCCCGAGACAAUGGACGGUGUGCCAAUACGAAAGUUCUUCAUCAGCAAUUUGGCCGAAAAGAUAACAUUCAAAGACUUACGCAAGUGAUUCCUUGCUUACGGCAAUGUCGAGAGUUGCUACCUGCGCAGAAAUCAAGGCAAAUCUCUGUCGGGCCUGCCGAAAACUGUGCAGAAACCGUGCGUUUAUUAUAUUGGACACAAUUAUAUUAGAGAGGUGCGACCUAACUCAGGAUGUUCAUCUUUCUUUGGCGCUAAAAAAGCUUCAAAGUCUCAAGUAUCUUGCGAUAAAGGAGUACAUCGGCGUAGUUGAACGCACAUUGGAGACCAUCGGCGAACAGUGUAAAAACCUAAGAGUACUCCGUGGAGCUCCGUGGGGACCUGCCUUUCACGCAAACGUCCGAUAUGUUUACCUGACUCAUCUCGUUGGUCUACAAAUCCUGAAAAUUACGCACAAUCACAAAAUGUCGGAUGAGUUCCUCGUCAGCGUGGUACAACGAUGUCAGCAACUUGUCUGCAUCGACAUAACAGGUUGCUGCAACGUGACGGAUGACGGAUUAACGACCGUCGCUACGCUAGCAAAACUGGAGAGAUUAACAAUCGGCUAUCUAGAUCGGAUUACCGAUAGUGGUUUGCAGGAUAUCUUUCACGUGGACAAAGACGCGUGUAACAGUCGGUCUAAUAACGUCAUGUUGAAACUUAUUAUCGGGAGCACGUCGAUUAUUUCUAAGCAUGAAAGCGAUGAUAAACUAUCUCCGCUUUUGCAAAUAGUUAAUGUCGAUUUGUCUGAUCGACGUAUGUGCGUGCACUGCCAUGUAUCCGGACGAUGACGACGACGAUGACGACGAUGAAGACGAGGACGACAACUAUUAUUACGAUUACGAUGACGAUGACGACGCAGUUUAUUUUCUCGGGGAUGAUUUCGAUAGUCCAGAGAUGCUCUAUUGCGAAAGUUUCAACAUAUAUCCCCCUCUUCAAAGAUUCUACUAUUAGUUAGUUUAAUGUGCAUAAUGUGCAUCACAGCUCAGAUUUAUAAACGUGGUUUCUUAGUUUUCUACGCGAUGUCAGCUCGUUUUCUAUGAGAAAUCCUUUAUCGGAUUGCCAUCCAUAUUCCUAAGACUUUGUACAUAAGUUGUUACUCGACGAUUGACAUUGUAUAGACAAUUUUAUAUUCUAUUUCUAUCUAGCUUUAUAUUAUUAUCUUUUACGUUAUAUUUCUUUCUCCAUGCUCCCUCACAGAGAAGCAACGAAAAAAAGAGAGGCAUUACGCAGUAUGUAAGUUAUUAUUAUGUAUGUAAGGUAUUAUUUGAUAUGUAAGCUAUUUCGCAUUGCAGUAUGAGAUAAUAAUAAAAUCAAGCAAACGAA